GCCCACGCCCUGGGGCGGGCGGUGCGGUGCGUGCGCUCCCGGCGGGGCGGGGAAGGAUGUCCCCGUCUCUCUCCGUGCGCCAGGGCGCGGCGCAGCCACUCGGUGCGCUCGGAGGCGGAGCAGGGGCCACCCGAGCCUUAGCAGCCGCCGCUUUCUCGGCCGCCUGGAGACACAAAGGCUGCGGAUCUCUCCCCGGAGCCGGGCGAGGCGAGUGGAGCAGCUCCGGGCCCCCCCUGUUCAGUCCCGCCGGGGCCCCCCUUGGAGAGCCAUGUCCUGCCUGGAUUACCUAGCUGCCGAGUGCCUGGUGUCCAUCUCCAGCGGGGCUCUGAUCCACCCCGCCGCCGCCUCCAGCCUCCCCAGCCCCGAUCCCGCUAGCAGCGAGGACCGGGAGGUGCGGGACACGCUCCGGGGCGCAGCCCAGGCGGCGGCCGGCUGCAGGGCGCGCCCCGGUUCGGCGCACUCGGAGAGCAGCAACUCGUCCUCGUCGGCCGGAGGGGGGGACCUGGAGAGCGGCUACACCACCCUGUCCGACGGGGGCGGCGGACCCCAGCGCGCCCCGCUGCCCGGCCACAGCCCCAGCCUCUCCUCCCCGGGCAAGCGGCACCGCUGUCACUUCCAGGGCUGCUGCAAAGUUUAUGGCAAAUCGUCCCACCUGAAGGCGCAUCUGAGGACGCACACAGGUGAGAGGCCGUUCCCGUGCACCUGGCCCUACUGCUCCAAGAAGUUUGCGCGCUCGGACGAGCUGGCCCGGCACUACCGCACCCACACCGGGGAGAAGAAGUUCGCCUGCCCGCUCUGCGAGAAACGUUUCAUGCGCAGCGACCACCUCACCAAGCAUGCCCGCCGCCACCCCGCCUUCCACCCCUCCAUGGUCAAGCGGCAGGGCUGCCCCAGCGUCUCCCCCAGCGGCUCAGCGCCCGGCAGCCUGGCGGGGAGCCCUGUCGCCAGCCCUGCCCCCAGCCCGGCCAAGUUCCUGUAGGGGCUGGCGCUGCUCCGAGCGGGGAGCAAGUGGCACGGACCCCAAAAGGUGCCGCCUGGCCCAGGCCAGCCCAGGAAGCCGCUGAGAGGGCCCGGUGCCAAGGCUGCCCUUGGAUCUGUCGGGGGAGUGAACCGUCCGCUCCUCCCUGACGGGGUCUUGCUUACGGGGCCCUUCCUCUCCGUGUUCUGGGUGUCUUCGAGCAGCAGCCUCUCCCCACCUGGCUUCGUGGUGACGUCCAGCGUCCCCCACCCCCGGCCUGCAUGGCACACCGGUCGGGCGUCCAGUCCCGCGGGCUGUGCUGCGCCCCCUUGACGGCUGUGGAAGGGGCUGGGGGGGGGAUGGCCACGACCUCGCCCCUCCCCGGGGCAGACUCCUGCAUGGUGGUGGGACGUGGCACCUCUCUGGGAACCCCUGGCUACCACCGUGCCAGACUCUACUGGCUUGACUUGUUACGCCCUGGAGAUGCUGAGGGGCAAAUCAGGGCCCUUGCCGCCUCUCUGCAAUGACACUUCCCCAGCAGGGGGCACCCUCGGGAUGGUUCCAGCUUACACCUUGGGGGCCCCUUGACAAAGGCAGCUUAAACCAGGCCAGUUCUGCCUCCCGUCCCCAGAGGCCGUGACUGCUUCACUCUUGGGACAGAAGGCUGCUCAGGGAGGAGACGGCCAGUGGCCGAAGUCCCCUGCGUCUCCCACUUCCCCUCCCCUUCUGGAAACCAGGACCUGCUCCCCUGAAAUUCUCCCCUCUGCUUCUGCGGGAAGCCCAACCUAUCUAUAUAUAUAUCUAUAUAUAGAUAUCUCCCUCCCCCUCUCCCAGAGGGGAAUUCUGAAUAUUUAUUUAUACGGACUGAUGCCCCCCAGCUGCAACCUUCUGAGGCCUUUGCAAGCCGUGGGUAUCUGGCCAGUGGACACAGACUGAGUGACUGGCACUGGGUGGGUCAUGUACCUUUCGAGUGACGCUCAGUCCAGUCCUUGCCAUGGGGUGGGGCUGGGCUUUUUAGGCAGGAAUCUAUUUAUGGACAGAAUUGGUUUUUAUAGCUGUGGAAUCAGGGGGCGGGGGUAAAGAGGGGGGGUGUGACAGGCGCUUCAGCCAGCCUCUUUGAAGGGGAUGCGGGUUGAGAAUUUGUCUACGCAGCAUAUUGCUGCUGGACCCUGGCCGUGUGCAGCUGUUUUAAGGGGAGCUUGGGCCUGCGUUUAGGUUCUCGGUGAUUUGGGGGUUGCCACAGAUUUUCCGCGCUCCACCGGAGACCUGAAAACUUGUAAUUUAAUUUUUUCCCCAGAGAGUGCUCAGCACUUUAAAGACACAGGGAGCCCCUUUGAGGUGGGUCAGGUGGGGCGCCCCAAAAAAUCAAUCAGUCACUGCUGGAAAUAUAGGGCCAAGUGCCUGGAGACCAUCGAGAGCAGGCCUGUCCCAGAACUGCACUAGGUCAAGUGCAUUGAUCAGAGUGGACUAGUUUCUUGGCCCAACAGCGGUUACAUAGCAGCCUGUCUCAGCCACGUGGGACGCUCCAUUUGACUCUGCCGCAAGUAGCUGCACUGGGGUCACUAAGGGUGUCUACACUCAACCUGCUGCAGCUGCACCGGUGGGAUGCUCGGUGUAGACCCCACCUAGGCCGAGGGGAGGGCUUCUCCCCUUGUUGUUGGCAGUCCACCUUCCCGAGAGGCGGUAGCUAGGUCGACGGAUGAAUUCUCCCAUCGCCCGCGUGCUGACUGCACCAGGGGUUUGGUCGGCUUAGCUACGCCGCUCAGGCGUGGAUUUUUUCACACCCGGCAGAGGCGUAGCUGUGCUGGUGUAAGUUCCCAGUGUAGACCCAGCCCUGAGGUAGGUCGGGGCUGCAGGGUGGGGUGCAGUAAUGCCCCUGGUUGAGUCAGCUACAAGGAUUGAACUUGGGACCUCUGGCUCUAAAACCAGUGAGUUUGUCGCCUGAGCUAAGCGCCCAGCUCUGUUCGUUCCGUCGCAGUAGCGGACUCUGGGGUCUGACCACUAGAGGGGGACAAGGAGCUGCCCCGCGUGAUUUUGUAGACGCGGGUGUUCUGCCUGCACUGGGAAUCGACUGGGCUGGAAGCUCGUGUGCCGCUGGCCAGAAGGUUGAACAUCAGCUAUCCCCACGAAGCCUGCAGCCUUCCAGGGCUUCAGCUUGAGCCCAGGCCGAUUGGCCUUGGUGGAGCGAGUUUGUUGGGUCGCGGGCAGUUCUCGGGGUCCCACUGCCUGGGUAACAAAGCCAUCGGUGUAGCUGGCAUGGCUCUCCCCUCCUGCGUUGGACCAAGGAGGGAACUGGCCCCAGCAAUGCCCACACCGCACCUGUUCUGGGCAUAGGCUGCUCCGCACCCACGCCUCUCUCAAGCAUUACAGUCCAGCCAUGCUUCAGAUCAAGAAGCAAACCCCCUCCCCCCAGUGCUUUCCCUGGGCUCUGUGGAGAGAAUCUCGCCCCCAGGAACGUUUCAGAGACGUGUCUGGGAUGGGUCUGCUGGGAGUUCCUCAAGCUUGGCACGGCUGGGAGUCGGACUCCUUUGCCCCAUCUCCCUAUUCCGCGUGGCCCCUGGGUCCCAGCUCUGCAGGACCAAUCUCCGGUGGCGUUGGACUGUCUCAAGUGGCCCAGGUCGUUGGACUGUCUCGAAGGAGCCAGCAGCUUGCUGGGAUUGGGGCCCGAUCUUGCAGCGGCCAGGAUUCCGGCGCCAGAGCUCGAGGACUGUGCGGAGCUCCUCUGGCUGGACCUUGUCUCUGGCCUCCUGAACUGGGGCUGCCGGGAAGAGACGCCAGCCCAGCUGGAGGACCCUGGUUCUGGGAGCAGCGGCCGCCUCUCGGGGCGGCUCGCCAAAGGCCACCUUUAGAAUACACUGAACCAUACUGCAUUAGCCAGCAUGUCCCUUCUCACGUCAGUGUCCUGCAAGCAUCCUUUCCUGCCCGCGCCCAUCGGGCCGGGCUUUGCAGCUCACAAAUUGACUGGCCUUUUGGGAGCUGCCUGUCUCUCUCUCUCCUGCUUUCGGCUGAUGCUUCAGGGGGGAUCUGUUUCCAGCAAGAACUGUUGAAGGAGCCCAACCUUUCCCACCAGCUGUCUCAUGCAAGGGUGUCGCUGGGUGACUAUUCUAUGGGGCGGUCCCAGGGCCCCUGUGAUGGGGGUAGGGCCGGGGGGGGAGGGAAGUGGCUUAUGAAUGGCUAAGUGGGUGGAGGAGGAGAGGAAAGGAGGGCAGUUGAUGGACCAGUGGGGAGAGGGCAAAAGCAGGUGAUCUAGAAACAACCUUUCAAGAAGGGCUCCAUGGCUGGGGCGUGAAGUGGUUAGUGGCCUGAGCUGGUGCGGGUGAGGCUGGCGUCUCCCCUCCCAAGAUAAGCCUGGCACCGGGUGCAGGGCUGUCACUGGCUCUUUCCUCUGCAGCAGCCAGCGGUGUCCCCAGUUCGUAGCCCUGACCUGGAGCGAUUCUGACCCAGCCCGCCUUAGCCGUCCUGCACCAGUGCAUGCUGGGUUCCCCGAUGUUCCUGUCCUGAGGUGCUUGGCAUCACUGCUGGCGUGGGGGACGGGACUCAGGGGUAGGGGACCCUCGUAGGCAGGGCUGCUUUUGCUUAGUGUUGACGGCACCUGCCAAGGCAGAUGUUGGUGACCCGAGGAAGCAUCGCUGAAGCCUGCGGGCUGCCCUGGUUCCCUGCUGGCCCAUACACAGCCAGUGACCUGCAUGGCCUCAGUUUCCCCAUCGCGGUGAGAGGUGGCCAUAGCACUGAGCAGGGUCACUUGGCCCCCACCGAAGCUAGAUCAGGAAGGGCCCUGCUAUAACCUGGGCAGUGGGUGUGUGGUCCCUUCCAAGGAUAGGGACUGACAGAACGCCGUAUUGUGGGGGAGGAGGGGGUCCAGUGAACUGGGGGUGGGGGGAGGGGCUACACUGCCUCCACCGGCCGAAAUGGUUAUUAAAGGCUGUUUGUGCAGCAUGGGGCCGCCUUGGCAGCCUGGAGAUGCCAGCCCUCCCUUCUCCUCCCCCCCUCCAGCUCCAAAGGGGUCCUCCCCCAGCCUCCAUGCACUUAUUUCCUCCUUAUUUAUUACUGAUUUUUCCCUUUUCCCCCAAGGAGUUGAACUGGAAUGGGUCCUUCUCCUCACCCGGCCCGACGAACGGCUCCUGCUUUGGAGGCAAACGCGUUUCCGAUGGUUUGUCCCCCCGGGUGGGGGGUGGAGAGGCUGCACUGGGACAGCUCUAGAAACGCGGCUUCGCGCCACCUCUUGUAGCUGGCGAGCCCAGCCCGCUGGAUGCUCUGCCCCAGCGGUGGAGAAGCUUCUCUGGCACUCGAGAGUGUUUGUUUUUAUAGGCCCUUUAAGAAUACAAUGCAGUCGCCCCCCCCAGAUGCUGCCGUAGGUUGCCACGAGCAGCGGUGUGUUUGCCCCUCUGGUAAUGUAGGUUCUCUGUAUUCUGCCCUCCGCCCCUGGCAUUUCCUUGGGGGCGAGGAGCUGGUUGGCUUUCAGUGUCUUUAUUGAUCCGGUCCCUUUAUCCCUGUAGGGGUGGGGAAUGGGGCAAACUCCGUUGUCAUGGGGGCAUAAUCUCCUUGCUAUCGCUGUUCCUGGGAGCGUCCCUCGCUAGGGGUCCAUCCCUGAGGUCCUUACUCAUGCAAAGCUUCCAUUAAGGUCUGGGCCCUAGAUCUUCCCUUCCCCCAGCUUUCCUUCCCCUCCGCUAUUUCUCUGCCUAUGCAGUUGGAUUCUGAUCUUGGUUACAUGGGGAGUAAAUCUAGAACGCCCCUGGUUCCAGUGGAGUCACUCUGGAUUUACAGGGGUGUCGGGGAUCCUUCUCCUGGGGGUUCUGCUCUCUUCUCAUACUGCUAAAUGGAAAGGGGGGAUGGGUCCCAGUUAAACUGGAGGGUGGUUCCCAUAUGGAAAAGACCGAGUCCCUUCACCUAGCGUAACCAAGAUCCGUCUCAACCAAGAGCAAUCGAAAGAUGCAGGUUUAUAUCUGGGCUCCCCAGAUUCCAUGCAAAGUGGGUAUUUUUCUGGCUUGUGAUUUUUAAUAAGUGUGGUGAGAUGGUUUCUUUUCUUACAAGAGGGAAUAACUUUAUUCUGUGUGCGUGUGAUAUUUCUACAGAGUCUCUUCUCUAUCAGAGCUGGAGUUAUAUAAAUAGAUCUCUAUACAGUAAAAUCAAAUGCUGCUGCUUUUUUGGGGGGGGGAACCGGGGGAGACCCCUUACUUUUUUAGUGCGACUUUUAUACAGCGGUUUGGAACCAGGACUGACUGGCUGACGAGGAGCCGGCUGGCACGCGUGAGUGGGAGCUCGAGUUCCAUGCUCUCAGGGGGAGCUCCUAUCCUGACGCGCGGCCCCCCCCCCGCAAUCACAGGGGGGAGAGGUCCGAAAUCGGAUCUGCUUGUCCCAGGGGCCCUUGCUAAGCAGAUCUAAUGAGAGGAGGCACCGUUUUAGAUGUGAAACUGACCCCUGAGGCAGAAGAUCAACCAUGUGGCUUAGGCUUAAACAGGACAUAAUUGGUGUCUAGGCCUUCGGAGUAUUCAGUGGCUCGAAGGCGCAGGAUUACUAGAGCCCUGAUACAGCUAGAUCUUCCCCCGGCCCGGUCCACGCUUAAUUUGGAGCUUCCUCUGUUUUCACCCCAUCUGCCAGUUCUGCCUAUUGCAGCGCAUGACUGGUAGCUGAGGUCAAUUCCCAGCUCCGCCGCUGGCUUGCUGUGCGAUCUCCGGCAAGCAGUGUCUCUCUGUGCCUCAGUUUCCCCUCAGUAGACUGGCAGCAGGGUGACACAGAAACCUCAUAGCCCUGGCAUGAGGUUAAGCAAUGUUUCCUGACCUCCUCUGGUGGCAGAGAAGCACCAGGUGGCCUCUUGUGUCCUUGGGCCUGACCUUUCAAAUGCUUCUAGUUACUGUGUGCAGAUGUGGUCGCCCCAUCUCGAAAAAGAUAUAUUGGAAUUGGAAAAGGUUCAGAAAAGGGCAACAAAAAUGAUUAGGGGUAUGGAACGGCUGCCCUAUGAGGAGAGAUUAAUAAGAUUGGGACUUUUCAGCUUGGAAAAGAGGUGACUAAGGGGGGGGAUAUGAUAGAGGUCUAUAAAAUCAUGACUGGUGUGGAGAAAGUAAAUAAGGAAGUGUUAUUUACUCCUUCUCCUCACACAAGAACUAGGAGUCAAUAAAUAGGCAGGAGGUUUAAAACAAAAGGAAGUAUUUUUUCACCGAAUGCACAGUUGACCUGGGGAACUCCUUGCCAGAGGAUGUUGCGAAGGCCAAGACUAUAGCGAUGUUCAAAAAAGAACUAGAUAAGUUCCUUGAGGAUAGGUCCAUCAAUGGCGAUUGGGCAGGGAUGGUGUCCCUAACCCCUGUUUGCCAGAAACUGGGAAUGGGCGACAGGGGAUGGAUCACUUGAUGAUUCCCUGUUCUGUUCAUUCCCUCUGGGGCACCUGGCAUUGGCCACUGUCGGAAGACAGGACACUGGGCUAGAUGGCCAGUCUGGCCGCUCUUAUGUUCUACUGAUGUGAAGGCCAGAAGGAACCACUGGCAUCGUCUGUUCUGAGCUCCUGCAUCGCACAGGCCAGAGACCUGCUCCAAAAUGAUUCCUAGAGCAGAUCCUAUAGAAAAAGAGCCAAUCCUGAUUUUAAAUGGCCAGUGGCAGAGAAGCCACCACGACCCUUGGGGAGUGAUUUGAAUAGUUAAUUACUCUCACCGUUAAAAAUGUGUGCCUUAUUUCCAGUCGGAAUUUCCCUCGCUUCAACUUCCAGUGUUCGACUUUCCACUGCGAGAGUGAAGAGCCCGUUAUUAAAUAUUUGUUCCCUGUGUAGAUACAUACAGACUGUGAUCAGGUCCCCCCUUAGCUUUCCCUUUGUUAAGCUCGACAGAGUCAGGGCUUGGUCACUGUAAGACAGGCUUUCUAAUCUUCCAGUCAGUCUCGUGGCUCUUCUCUGACCCCUCUCCAGUUUAUCAGCAUCCUCCUUGAAGUGUGCACCCCAGGCCUGAAUGCGCUAUUCUAGCAGCGGUCACACCAGUGCCAAAGACUGAGAUAAAAUGACCUCCCGUCUCUAGUUGACUGCAGAAAUGCCAUACAGCUUAUACCCCGCUUCAUACAGCACAGCAGAUCCUGGCCCACUUCCUGAACGCAGGGGUUCUCUGCGUCCCGUCCUAUCCUCUGCCCAAUCUCCUGGCCUGACGCACUGCUUGCUUUCAGGACGUGGCCCUUCCCCGUCUGCCCCGAGCCGCGGGGUGUGGAAGAGGAAGAGCAUUCCAGACCCCCAGGCCACAAAUGAAUGUGUCGUCCCUACCCCGGAACCCGGGGUUAAGUGCUUUGGGAUCCUCAGAUGCAAAGGGCCAUAACGGGGCUGAGUACUAAUGUCGACUGGCCUGGAGGACUGAGGGGUUAGAGUGGCCCAGACCUAAGGGAGCCGUUCCCAUGAGCCGCUCGGCCAACAAGCUAAGCAGCAUUGGCCUGGGGCCAUUUGAGGCCAGCAGAUCUCUAGGGAGUGCCGAUGCAAUGGGCAUUGCAGGCCCGUUAAGGAGAACUAUGCUGCAGGAGGAACCCUCUUUUGGGACAAGACUUAAAGCCCAGGCCUGGCGCCUUGUGCUCAGCAGAGAGCCUGUGGCCCUUCUGAGAAUAGUCCCCUAGCUCUUAUCCUCAUAGAUCUCAAAGCAAGGGGGGUCAGUAUUGUUAUGACCAUUUUAUAGUUGGGGUGGGGGGAAACUGAGGCACAGAGGGGCAGUGACUUGUCCAAGGUCAGAGCUGGGAAUAGAACCCAGGGACCCCACAUUCCUAGUGGCUACUCUCCCCAUUAGAAUGGAUCACGCUGCUUGGCGAGAGUCCGAGGUUUAAUCUUGGCGUCCUGGCUGAAUUCCCACUGGAGUCAUUGCAUUCGGCCUCCUUGAAGCUCCCCAGACAGCACUGUCAGGGAGAGGUAGUUUUCACUUCCCUUCCUAAUCGGCUGCAUAAGGCUGCUGAGCCGCUGCCCCAUUCCUCGGUAGAGGAGGAGGGUGAAGGGAUCCCUGAGCGCAGUUUGCACCCCACUCGCCCAUGCUGCAAAACGACAGGCGCUGUGUCGCUGUGCAAUCAAAGCUCCGGUCAGCAACGGAGCACACGAGGGACGAUGAGCUCGGGGGGGAGAAAUGGAUCCUGUCUGAACGUUUCCUUGGGGAGCAGGAAUAGCUGGGGAGGUCAAGGAGGUUUAAUGUUACGGAAGCCACUUUCCCCAAAGAGAAAUCUCCUUGUUAAUUGGUCUCUUCAUUCUCUGUGUGUUUGUGUUUAUUUAAAGAGCCACAAAGCCAAGGGCGUGCGCGGUGGGGGGCGGAUGCUGGAUCUUAGCAGACAGAGCUUUUGGGGAGUGGUUUAUUGUUGCUAAAUCACUUCCUUGUUAGGAAAGGGUAAGAGUACCUUUCCGCCUCCGUUUCUAGCAACUGAUUAUUUUUAAGACGCACUGGGGGUGCCUCGCCAGCUGCUUCCCCAAACCCUUGGAGACGACCCUGCCACGAGGCUGCGAUCUCUGGCGUCUACGCCCGAGCUAGGGAAGAAUGACCUUGGUUUGGCAAAUUUCAAGCCCACUUGACCAGUGUAGGUUCAGAAGUUCCUCUAACGCUCCACUGUGACUGGCUCUGAGUUUGCUUAGAGGCCGAAAGAAAUCCUCAUGGAAGGGCAAACGUGGCCUUUCUCCUGUUUGUUGAGCCCAGCUUAGGUGGGGUGGCUCAAUCCCUAAUGCGGGAGGCUUUGUGUUUUACACGGGCCUGCCUGUCUUGUCAGAGCUGGCGAGGGAUCGUGGGUUGAAACGAGGUGGGGGAAGAAAUGAAGUCGAAAAGGCUAUCUGUCUGUCACUGAUGGGUCCCCUCCUCUCUCCUUGCUAGGCCAAAUUCACCAGCUAGUAAUAAGGUUGAUGUGGAUGUCCUUCCCGAUCAGUCUGUCCCCCUGUUAAAGGGAAGAAUUGGUGAUGCAUGGCGUGUUCCCCUGCUCCUCCCUGGUGCUAACUGCGUCUGGGUUCCCAUGAUGCCCCCAGCACAGAUCCCAGCCCAUGGCAGCGUGGCUUCAGCUAGGCGUCCUGCUCUCCCGGGCCUGGAGCACUGGCUUGCCUUUUGCACAAGAUGUCUCCUAUUUCUCGGUGUCUCUGGCUGCAGGGGAAGCUGGUGGACACUGAGCUAGGAGCCUCUUCCCUGUGCCGCCAGACCUCCCGCUCCCCACCCAGUGGCCAAUUCUCUUGUCGGCAGGAGCCGCGAGUUCCCUGUUCAGGAUCCAGCUGGGAGCGGGGAGGAUCCCUGCCCCUUCGGAAGGAGAUGGGUUCUCUGCUCGCAAAGGGACGCUGCCAGCAGGAAGCUCGAGAUUUUGUCUAAUACGCAGUUUGUGGGGUCAAACCGUACAGCUUGACUGGCCGUUCUGCUGUUUGAGUGGAGGAGGGGGAGUGGACCCUGGGCCUCCCCCUCCCUGGCAUAGCGGGUGUUGUGUUCCCAUAACACACACCAAUGCAGCUUUUAAACCGAGGCGGCUGCUGUGGGCACAGGCCGGGGAAGAGAAUCGCAGUUGCUGGGAUGGCGGGUGGAACUCGGGCCGGUCCAGCCAAAGCAUUGUAGGAAUGUGUCAGUCACCGGCCUGCCAGUUCUCGGAUGGGAACGAUCCUGGGCGUUGCCAGGACAGUGGAAGCCGGUGUCGCCUUCUCAGGUGGGAGCGGGGUUCUGGGCGGGAGCAGACCUCUUAGGGAACUUCCUUUUGCAAAACGUGGGGUUGGUCAGUCGGUCCCUUUUUUAACCAGGUGUCUGUUCUUCAGUUCGCUGGCCCGGGAGCUGCGCGUGGAAGGAUGGGUUGAAAGCGUUGCACUGUCUUGGUGCUGUAUUUUAAAAUAAAUUUUUUUUAAUUAAA